GUGGACUUAUAUAUGUAGGUGCAAAAGGCUUAAAUGCUGAUAAUACGGCGGAAAAAGGAAUAUUUGCCGCUUCAAUCGCCGGUGGAGGGAUUGGCUUAGUCAUUUCAAUCUUUGGAUGUGUUGCUGUCCUGAAGAAAAGCAUUUGUCUAACUUUGGUGUAUGCCUUUUCAUUACUAACCUUGCUGUGUUUGACGAUCGUCGCGGUAUCUUUGCCACACGAUGAGACCUCUUAUGCUCUAAGGAUCUUAGAUAUCGCCUGGGAAGAAGAAAUCAAAGGAAACGAUAGCAUGUCCCAGUACCAGGAAAAAUUUCAUUGUUGCGGUAUUAUUGGUCUCAUUGAUUAUCGAGACGCCAAACUGCCUUUGCCCAAAAGCUGCUUCUCCCAAAACCAUACGGUUUUCCUGGAGGGCUGCUUAGCAAAGUUGAAAGAUUUCUACAAUGGAGGAAUAGAAAUAUUGAUGAUUGCUGGAUGGAUAUUCUUCGGUCUUCAGACGCUGGCAUAUGUGGGUGCCUCUUUCUCGAGUUUGGCUUUCAAAAUUGAGCAACGUAGGACCCGAAAUAUCAUUGGUACAAAUUCCGAAAGGGAGAGAUUAUUAAACUAAGAUGAAUCAGAAUUUGUAUACAUAUUACUCUCUGUCAAUCUUCUAAUUUAGCCAACCACUAGACUUAUUCGAUCAGAGUUCUAUUUAUUGGUCAGUUAAUGUAAUUUUGAAGCACGCGAUUUGCUUAGAAAAUCAUACAUGUUUGUAAAAUACUGUGUUGCAAAUAUUUUUCACUUCUUUUUUGUAGUUUAUAAACUAUUUAGUUUGCAUGCAACCAAUCGACAGUUGGAAACCUACAAUUUUAAUUGCCAAACUGUCUGGCAGAGUCAGGCGAUAUAAAUAUGUGUAAUAUGUGUGCCUGCGAUGGAUGGUAAAUUACUCAAAAUAAACACAAUUUAGAAUACAUUGGCACACAUUUGUUCUGCAUACCCUGCAGACCCGAAUAUUGCCGUUGAGUUGUCUUCAGACAUGCUAACUAAAAUCAAAGCCAAACGGAGCUAACGAGUGACAUGCACUGAAAGAAAUAGCUGGGGUUUCGAAACCUAUUUGAGGUUUUAUCUCCGGAUGUUGAUUUUCACUCAUCUACUUCAAGAUAUUUCGGUGUUCAUGGAUUAAAUAAAAGUUAAGACAAAUGUAUAAAGGCUCUCAGAUUGAAAAUCUUUUCCUUCUAGGAUCCUAAUUCUCCUGGAUUAUUUUCCAGUGUGACACUUCCUUUAUUCUAGUAUUGGAUGCCGUAGUAUACGUGCUGCCAUAAGUUGUGAGCCAAUCACCAUCAAAGCGUACACCUUGUUGGCGCACUCUG